GGGCUGAAAGCCCAUAAACGCUGAAUAUUGUGUCGAGACGCGCAGAAACGAACGCAUCUGAUCUCAACAUUAACACAUUCUGAUCACAUCUGAUCUAAGCUCUGAGAAUAUUCACGUUUAUUAGAAUCACAUCUGUGGUGGAUUAAUCGACUGAACCGCAGUCAAAUCGGAUUUAUUUCAUCGAGUUUUGUGAGGAUUCAACAGGUCUGUGUGAUAUGGAGUCUGUCUUUUCUGGAUACAGAAACAAACUGAAGGUAAGCGGGAGUGUGUCACGUGUGUUUAAAGUAAUGUACUCGCGAGCAAGUCGUCUGUGAAUUAUGAAACAUUGAAAACUUCACACAAGUAACAACUCAAAUAAAAAAAUACAGCGUUAUGUAUGUGUAUGGAUGUGAUGAGGCUGAAGGGUUAGUCCGAUGUGUGGAUCAGAUCAGGGUCGUCUUAAAGCCUUUGCUGUGAUUUGAUUGGACGAGACGAGGGCUGCUGUAAAAUGAUUGGAGGUCAGGCGUCGCCCACGCAGUUCAUACUGGCACGGAACUGGAAAGCCAAAUUUGGUGCUGUCCUCCCAUUGGCGGAGGAGCACUCACAGGAAGAUAAGAAGCUGUAGUGAUGACGUCACUGGCAGUGCGUCAGGUAGCUUUCGAGAUGUUUGAAGACCCCUUGUCUCUGUUCUCGGGGUUUUAUCCGCCGGUUGAGGAAGAGUCGCCCGCUCAAGAAGUUCCUUCAGGUCUGGAGUGUUUCUCGCAGGAUGUGUGUUGUGUGCCUCUGCUGACGCCCUGCAGUAAAGCCGUCAUGAGUCAAGCUCUGAAGGCCAGUUUCAGUGGAUUCUCUAAAGUUCAGCGUCUAUGUGGCAUCUCAGACAACCCACGCAGAUGGAUGAAAGAGCAGGUGUUGCAGUGGCUGUACUGGGCGUCGGGUGAGUUCAGCUUGACCAACAUCAACUUCUUUAAGUUUGACAUGAGCGGCAGUGAGCUGUGUGAUCUGGGUAAGGAGGGAUUCCUGGAUCUGGCUCCGGACUUUGUGGGUGACAUUCUGUGGGAGCACAUUGAGCAGAUGUUGAGAGCUUAUCAAGACAAAGAAGAGGCCAGAGUGUCGAGUCGGCCAUCUGAGUCCAGCUGGAGCAGCAGGAACCACAUCAGACUGGAGGAGCGUUCUCUGACGGUUCCUGACAACUGCAUCAGUCUGCUCCGAGAGCUCUUCGAGAGCGCUGAUGAAGGUUCUGAGCCCGAGAUGUCCGCGUAUCCCAAACCUCAGCUGAGCACGGUCAGCGUGAGCUACAUCAGUCACGAGGCCUCCGGAGCGGCUCCGCGUCUCAACACACCCGGGUCGUCACGGGACCAGACGUCUCAGGAGAGCGCGGAGGGUUCCGAGAGCGUCCUGAGGUCCUGGGGGAGCCACUCCUCCCUCGCUGACACCCAGCGCGUCCCGUCCUAUGACAGCUUUGAGGAGGAGCUGGGGGUGACCCCGCUGUCGUUGGGCAAACAGGGACUGUCCUUCAAAGACUACGUUCAAGAGCGGAACGAACCGCUGGAGCAGGGAAAAGCAGUGAUACCGGCCGCUGUGCUCGCAGGAUUCACAGGAAGUGGCCCCAUUCAGCUGUGGCAGUUUCUUCUGGAGCUGUUGACCGACUCCACCUGUCAGAACAUCAUCAGCUGGACCGGCGACGGCUGGGAAUUCAAACUCACCGACCCCGAUGAGGUGGCGCGCCGCUGGGGGAAGAGGAAGAACAAACCCAAGAUGAACUAUGAGAAGUUGAGUCGGGGACUUCGAUACUACUACGAUAAGAACAUCAUCCACAAGACGUCAGGGAAACGUUACGUGUACCGCUUCGUCUGCGACCUGCAGAAUCUCUUGGGUUACACGGUGGAGGAGCUGCACGGCAUGCUGGGAGUUCAGCCCGACACGGAGGACUGAAGGAGAGAGAGCGGCCCUCUCGUGUGCUGAUCGGACCUCGCUGAAGGUCUCUGUUUGUGAUGUUUUAUCACGUGUGGAGCGAGUGUUUGCCGCUGCCAGCGAUCCAACAGAAAACUGGAUUCACAGACACUGAAUGUGAUGAUUUCUGUUAUCAUGUUGAUUAUUGACUCGUAUUUCACAGAGAGAAGAUGAUUUAUUUCUGAUAUAUUAACUCGGUCUACUGAAGAUUCUUUACACACACACACACACGUGCGCGGGUUUUAAACAUCUGAGACAUCGACUACUGAAAGUCUUUCAUAUACUGUCAGCAUGUACAGAGACGCUGUGACACUUCUGUUGAUAUUUGUGUUGUAAACAUGAGUUGAUAUUAUUUCAUGAAUCUUUGGAAUUGCUCAGGCCAAAGUGAGAUCUCUUUAUCAUCUCGCAGGAGAUGUUAUGUGUCUCGUGGGGCAGUUGAAGCUUCUUACAUAAACUUAUUAACACGCAUCAUGAGAUCUGCUGCAAUAUCGCAGUGAAUAUUUAUAUAUUUUUCUCUCUUCUGCAAAUGAAUGUUUAAUGCUCUUAUAUUACAGGGGACCGUUUGACUGUAAACCAGUGGACUUUAUAUCAGUCGUUCUCAAGAAAUCAGGAGCAGGAACACUUUUGAUAAAUUUUUGCUUAAUCUCAGAGCAUCUUUUGAGGAAAGGCUGGUUUCAUAUUUGACUGGAUAAAGAUCAUCUCAAUUAUUGAUCCGUGAGAACUGGACACACUGAAGUCACGGCCGUGUCACUAUCAACUAAAUGUAUGAACUCUUGUUUCUAAGAAAUGUCUUGAAUCUUUGACAGUCGGUGAGGUUCAGCUUUGAUGAUCUCAUGCUUGUGCAGACGUGUUGAAUAUCUGAGCGAGUGUUUGUGUGGUGACUCAGACGGGUUAUGGCCUACGGGCAGAUUGUGUUUGACUCAUGAGAAACACUCCUGUGCAGACAAGCAUCUUUAUACUGUUAACACACACAUGUAGACUUACAAUGAACAGUGUGUGUUAUUGUGAAAACUAAUAAACUCAUUUUGUGAGAACAGA